GGAACACCAAAAAAAUAUUGUUAACCAAGUUUGUUCCCAUACUGACUUGACCUAACACACUUCUCCGUGGUGUCUCUUUGUUUCUUGGUUUGACAGGCCCCAUUCGCUGCAUGGCAUUUGGGUUUUGAUGGGGUUUGCAUCUUCAGUUGGGUUGUCCUUGAAACUUGUUAUCUAUUUUUCUUUGGUUUUGGAUCCCCACUAGAUUUUGUUUUUCCUAUCUGUUUCAGAAUUCCUUAAAAGUUUGGAGAUAAAGAACUAAGAUCAUUUUUUUCUUUGAGUUUUUGUUCUUUUGUUUUCAUUAAUCCUUAAGACAAAUAUUAAACUCUCCAUCACUUCCUCUUCAAAUUCUAAAAUCAUUCUGAAUUUGUAUCAUAUUUUGUUUUGUGAUCAGGGGAAAGAAAUAUAUAAGGAACCUUUUGUUUAUAGAUUGGAAAUUUGGGGGUUCUAGGAUUUUAAAAUUUAAAUAUUUCUUGACUAACUUUUUUUUCCUGAAAAAAUAUUAAGAUUUUCAGUUUUAGCAUUUUAAUCAUCAUCGUAGAGAAAUGAGUUGCUUUUCAUGUUUUUCAUCCCAUGAAAAGAAAGUAGAAAAGAGACCUAAGAAUGGAAAAAGGAUACAACAUGGUACUCAUUCUCCCAAGGAAUCAGCCCAACUAACUCAGCCACGGCCAGAUAAUCAUACUCACAAGGCAAAGGCAAACCCACAAACAGAACCUAAAAUAAACAAGGAGGCAAACAAAGAUAAUGGUAGCCAAAACAUUGCUGCCCAAACAUUCACUUUUAGGGAAUUGGCUGCUAUCACGAAGAACUUUAGACAAGAAUGCCUAAUUGGUGAAGGUGGUUUUGGGAGAGUUUAUAAAGGAAAACUUGAAAAAACCAACCAGGAAGUAGCUGUGAAGCAACUUGACCGGAAUGGAUUACAAGGAAACAGAGAGUUUCUUGUUGAAGUCUUAAUGUUGAGCCUUUUGCACCAUCAAAAUCUAGUGAGUCUAAUUGGAUAUUGUGCAGAUGGAGAUCAAAGAUUAUUGGUGUAUGAGUACAUGUCAUUGGGAUCUCUUGAAGAUCAUUUGCUUGAUCUUCAUCCACAGCAAAAACCUCUAGAAUGGUCUAUAAGAAUGAAAAUAGCUUUGGAUGCUGCAAAAGGCUUGGAAUAUUUGCAUGACAAGGCUAAUCCUCCAGUCAUCUACCGUGACUUAAAAUCUUCUAACAUCUUGUUGGACAAAAAUUUCAAUGCAAAACUUUCUGAUUUUGGACUAGCAAAGUUGGGCCCUACUGGGGACAUGUCUCAUGUCUCUUCAAGAGUAAUGGGUACCUAUGGAUAUUGUGCCCCUGAGUAUCAAAGAACUGGUCAACUAACUGUAAAAUCAGAUGUAUAUAGUUUUGGAGUUGUUUUGCUUGAAUUGAUCACUGGAAGGAGAGCCAUUGAUAACACAAGACCAACACGGGAGCAAACUCUAGUUUCUUGGGCAUAUCCUGUAUUCAAGGACCCUAACAAAUACCAAGAAUUAGCAGACCCCCUUCUUAAAGGAAAUUUUCCAAUAAAGUCAUUGCACCAAGCAGUAGCAGUAGCAGCCAUGUGCCUUAAUGAAGAGCCAUCAGUGAGGCCCUUGAUCAGUGAUGUUGUCACUGCCCUUAGUUUCCUAGGGACAAGUCCAGGGAAUCAAGACCUUGCAAGAAUUGAACCCGUUGUUGACAUGCCCUCCCCACCACAAGAAGCCAAUAGUGCCCCUUUGAAUCUUCUUGAUGAUGAUCACUAUGUCACGGAACGCCAAAGGGCUGUUGCUGAAGCCAUUGAAUGGGGUACAAGUACAAGGAACAAAGCACCAUUGCGUGAAAGUUCUACCUCUGUGUAAAUCCACUACAAUUAUAUUCAUAUCAUUUCACUCUAAUAUGUAUGCAUGUAACUAUGUAUUUGUGACUUUUCUUUAUAGUCCAGAAAGUGGUGCCCAUUAUUUGUUUCGAGAAAAAUACAAAAAAGCUUGUCAAGAGUGAUAACUCAAGCGACAUUAAUAAGAGAAAAAUAUUGCGAGCACCGUUUCAAGAGUUGGUGUUGUGUGAUCCACACAACUCCUAUGUAAACUUUUGAACACUAGUAUUAUCAAUGAAAAUGGAGAAACAUUUUUUUUUUA